GUAUGAUGGCUAGCGGAACGAGAAACGCGCGACCAUAAGCUGGUACCUCAUUCUAUGACGUAAACUUCGACGCUCGUCGCGAUGGACCCUGACAACGACACAUUGGCUCGCGAUGCUGGGCUCAACUUCAGCGAUUUGAGCACUGACGAGCGCGACCUGCUGCUGAGGGCUCGCGCUGCCGGCGUCGUUGCGUACUACGACGGCGCCCUCGACACCGGCUCUCCGGAGCGGGAAAGCAUCGAGGGGAGCAGCGAUGCGACCUCGGGCGAAGAAGACGGUAUGGACAUGCCGUCCCGACUUUCAAGCACAGACUGGUGCGAAUGUGGGCACUGCCAGGUGCUCGCGAACUUCCUCGAGCACGAGUGUCUGUGCUGUCGCGAGAUGGGUGCACCCGUAAGUCUCGCCCAACCGCAGGGUUGCAUCACGGAACAUCCAGACUUUAAUGUUCUGUGUUUGAACGUUGCCGUGCUCCGUGUGGCCUACCUGGAACUUCGUUCAUGGGGGCACACCAUGGACGAUGAAAUGCACAAAAGGUACCGGUACACAGCGUACAGGCAAUUUGUGCGCUGGCUGUGGGGACGGCUUCGAAAAGGCGAACGUUUUGUGUUGCCAUCGUGUGCUGUCGCGAAAAUUCGGAUGACGUUUCCCACAGAAACGCCCACAGGAUUCAAGUACCCAGAGUCUUAGAGGGAAAGAAAAUUGUGGAAGCAGCACAGUGUCAUCGAUAAAUCGCAGUGCACAUUUGAGUUCCUCAUCAGAUAUCGAAAAAUGUUCUGCUUACCUGUCAGCAGGUGUCACUAGUCACAAGGUUGUUGGUUUUUUAAAGCUAAAGUGCUGAGCAGUAAAACAUUCUGUAUUCUUGUUGAUGAUGUGUUUCGUCACUGAAGACAUAAUGGAAAAGUUAGUGAUGACUAGAAUGCCAGCGAUAUGGCAGAGUAGGAAGAAUCAUGUGUGCAUGUUUAACUCUUUCCUUACCAGGACUUAGGAAAUCAAGCAAUUUGACAUAUUGUUUACACGUUUCAUCAGAACAGGAAAUAACAAUGUUCUCUUUUGUCCGGCUGUUUCCUUUGUUUUGGCAUUGUUUUCUAAAGCGACACAACAAUGUAAUUUCUUACAACCACACUAACGGUGCACUCGCUCAAAGUGAAGCUACAUUUGCCCGUCUAACUAGCAUACAAGCUAACAUUUUUGUAUCGUAUGGGUUGCGGCUAGUGCUUUUUGGAAUGAAAUGAUCACUUUGAAAAUGAGCACAUUGUUAACGGUCAGGGAACAAUCAAGAAAAUGUGUGAUGCCGAUCUGUGCACUGCAUCAGAACUUGAGGAACCGUGCUUUGUGUGCAGCUACAAGGUCUCUCUUGGGCACUCUUUGGUCAUUCCGAGAUGAGAAUGCAGCUGGAACACUUUCCUCUACUUGUGCAAGUGCUUUGGAGAAUGUUUCAUACUCUGCGCACAGCUCCAUCACUUUCUUGUGCAGGUCUUUCACAUAGUCUAAAAAAAAGAAAAGUUCAACAGAUUAUUGCAUUUCUUCCCUUUCAUACCUGCACACACCUAAAAGGGGGGACGUCCUAAGGC